CCCGAGAUGCCUGUAAACUGCACCGUGAAAAAUGUCACUAUGAACAGCGUGGAGGUUGGCUGUUUCGAAGGUUACAGUGGAGGUUUAAGUCAACACUUUGUGUUGGAAAUACGGGAGGAAAACAUAGAGAAAAAAUACAGAAACUUUACAGCCAAGAAACCAGAGUUUUCAGUUGAAGGGCUUUCGAACAGUAGAACGUUUCAGGUUUUUGUUUAUGCAGUAAACGCAAAAGGAAAAAGUCAAGAAUGGAAAAAAUAUGUCAGAACUCUUUCUCCAUUAGGAGAAAAGAAAGGAUGGUCCGGGCUCUGGAACGCACAGAUCAGACCAAUCAUAGUGACUGGAGUAGCAGGGAUCGUAUUUAUGGUGUUGCUCAUCGUCUUCGUUGUUAAGGUACAAGCGAAGAGAAACUCAGGGAAACCUUUUGCUGAAGACGACAACAUAGACGAGAAUCACACUCAAAAGGCCGGAGAAGAAACCUACAGUCCAUUAGCAACAGUAGAAGACGAACGAGGGCCAGAUAUACUUCCAGGAUUAGCAGGUGUAAGACCAGAUAUGUUACAUAACAAUAUUAAAUCUGAUACAGGAUUAGCAGGUGUAAGACCAGAUAUGUUACAUAACAAUAUUAAAACUGACACGGGAUUAGCAGGUGUAAUACCUGAUAGGUUAUCUAACAAUGUUAAAUCUGAUACAGGAUUAGCAAGU